AUGCUCCAACCAGGAGAGCAGUCAUCGUCGUCGCCGCCGCCAGCGUCGCUACCGUUGCCACCGUCGCCGCUGAGUCACAAGAUGCUGCCGCCGCCGUCGCCAUCGUCGCCACCUCAUCCCAACAUACUGCCACCGCCGUCACUGUCACUACCGUUGCGACCUCAUCACAACAUGCUGCCACCGUCGUCACCACCGUUGCCACCGUCGCCGCCCCAUCACGAGAUGGUGCCACCGCCAUCACAACCUGAAGCCCCGUUCCAGAAGCAGCAGAAGCCACUAUUCCUAAACAUCGCGGCCGAGCUUCGCAAUAGAGUAUAUGCACUAGCGCUCAAACUUGAUGGAGAAAUAGGCUUCAGCUGUUGCAGGGACUGGGAUUCUGGCAAGCUAAGUAUCAAACGCGAUGACAUUGUUCCUUGGCCACACCCUUGGCCACAGUCACACAGGUCAGCUCGCAAGGACGACCCCACCAACCAAAUCGACUUACGCAAACUCGCCGUCGGCCUUCUGGCGGUCUGCCGCCAAAUCAACUUCGAGGCCGCUCCAGUUCUCUAUGGCGCCAACAAGUUCGCAUUUUAUGGUGCGAGCAUCGCUUCUCACACCAUCGGAAGUUUUGGUGGAAACUUCGUCCAUUUGAGAAAGCUCAAGCUCGGGAACGUGAAAAACACGAUCUCGGGGCAAUUUUGGCGACACUCCCCAGAAGAUCCUUGGUAUCGCACACAAUUGAACGUGUUUGUGGAUUUGAUGUCGACACUGGAUCGAAAGGAGAAAGGAGAGGUCUUGGAGCUGACCCUGGGUUUCAAUUCUCACCCACGUGGCUCUGAGCUCGACAGCAGCCCCUACUAUGGGGAGGAUGAUCCAUGUCCGAAGAUGGAAGUGAGGUUUUUGAAGGCUGUUCUGCCAUUCAUGGGUCAGAGCCACUAUUUUGGUGAAGGCAAAGAUAGCAAAGGAAGAUUGCAGAUUGAGCUCUUCGGAGAGGGGGGUCUAAAAGGCUCCUUCCAACAGAAGAGCCGGAUGAAGCGGUGGGCCAGUGCAUCUGGCAUCAUCCUUCGAAAGAUCCGAGGCUACAUGGAAGAAGACCCCUCGCUUGCGACUGUUCCGCUCAAAAGCCGUUAUAUUGGGGAUUGUUUCCCCUACGAUUGGAAGGAGUGA